AUUUGCAGUGACAAUCAGCGUACGUGCUCUACUCAUCUGCUUGGUUCCGGUAUAAAUGAAGCUGCGGCGGGAUCGGUUAGGAUUAGUUUUUGAUUAGGAAUCAUCUCGUUUGUCCGGUGAUUUAUCGUUAGCAAGUGGUUCGGAAGGAUAUUUGAAAAUGAAGUUCUUGGCGGUUGGUGUUUUGGUGGUGCUUCAUUUUGGUUGCGGCAGUGCAAGAUUGGCACCAAUUUUGACGGCUUGCUCGCGGAGCGACCCAAAUUUCGAACGAUGUGUCAAAGAGGUUGUAGAACGCAUCCGACCGAACAUUGCCGAGGGAAACUAUGGAGAAGGCCAACCGAAGGCCCCUCUCCUGGAGCCGAUCAUGAUCGACAAAAUGAGCAUCGACCACGGCCCAGGAUUCCGGGCUAAACUUACCAACGUGACUAUCAGGGGUGCCGGUGAUUUCGUGGUUCGUCGAGUGAAACUCAACAUAGAUGAGAGAAUGUUCAACGUCAGCGUGAAGCUUCCCAAAAUGAUCGUCAACGGACAAUACACUUUGGACAUGAAGGUGCUACUGUUACGCAUCUCCGGCCAGGGCGAUUUCGAUCUUAUUCUCGACAAUACAAUUGCUAAUAUGCGGCUUAAGUACAACCUCAAGCCGGGACCGGGCGGGAUGGAACUCGUUCAGUUCGAGCCGAUUCAGGUUAAACUGCGCUACGAUAAGGGAAGGUUCAAUUUGCACAACCUGUUUAAUGGAGAUCCCACGCUCGGUCAGAUCGGAAAUAGCGCAAUCAACGAGGAUCCGCACGUGCUGCUGGAUGAAGUGAAGCCGGCGUUUGAGGAAAGUCUGGCAAAACAGUUUACCGCUAUGGCGAACAGCGCUGUGAGCGGAGCAACGGAGCUGGACAUACUUCCUCUGUGAUGUUAGAUUAGAAUAGUAUAUAACAGCCUACUUAUUGUUUUUAUAUGUGUUUAGAGCAGUAUUUCCCUAAGUCUUAUUUUUCAUUCUCAUUUAAUUGUUAAGGAAUCAACAAUUUUGCCUCAGUUAGUAUUCAAUUCCGAAUAGAAAGGAAGAACUGUAGUUUUCAUGAUCUAGCGGAAGCAUUGAUCUAAAGAAUCAAUUAUAUCGAAUUUUACAGUAAAAAAAAAUAAGUCUCUGACUAUGAAUAAAGAAAUACUGUU